ACCAUGUUGCGCAGAAAAAGUGAGUUUUUUGUUUUCCUGGACAGCGUUCGCUCUGUGAAACCAGGAAAGGAAAAGGAAAAAGAAAAGGAAAAGGAAGAGGAGAAGGAGGAGAAUGAGCUGAGUCCGUAUGAAGAGUAUCUAAAGGUGCUGCUGCAGAUGAAAGUGACCAGUGAUGAUCAGUUUGACAACUUGGAGAAGCAUACACAGUGGGGGAUCGAGUUUGUGGAGAAGUACACCAAAUUUGUCAAGGAGCGAUCAGAGAUUGAAACCAGCUAUGCAAAACAAAUUAGGAAUUUAUCAAAGAAGUAUCAACCCAAGAAGAACUCGCGAGAAGAGGAGGAGAGCAAGUACACUUUCUGUCGAGCCUUCCUGACGUCGCUUAACGAGUUAAACGACUAUGCAGGUCAACACGAAGUUAUAGCGGAGAACUUAACAUCACAGAUCAUCUCUGAGCUUUCACGCUACAUGCAGGAACUCAAGGCAGAGAGAAAAUCGCACUUCCAUGAUGGACGUAAGGCACAGCAGCACAUCGAAAGCUCGUGGAAACAGCUGGAAUCGUGUAAAAGACGAUUUGAGAGGGACUGUAAAGAGGCGGACCGAGCACAGCAAUACUUUGAGAAGAUGGACGCUGACAUUAACGUGACUAAGGCUGACGUGGAAAAGCGAAGUUCCCACAAGGCACGACAGCAAGCUCAGAUGAGACACCAGAUGGCUGCUGACAGUAAGAGCGAUUACUCCUCCUACCUGCAAAAGUUCAACCAGGAGCAGAAUGACCAUUACUACACAAUUAUCCCCAACAUAUUCCAGAAACUUCAAGACAUGGAGGAGAAACGGAUUGAGAGGAUAGGAGUGUGCAUGAAGACGUUUGCAGACGUGGACCGCCAGGUGCUGCCCAUCGUCGGGAAAUGUUUGGAUGAAAUGACGAAAGCCGCCGAGUCCAUCGAGCCCAAAACUGACUCCAAACAGGUGGUGGAGUCCUACAAGUCUGGGUUCGAGCCCCCGGGUGAUGUGGAAUUUGAGGACUACGGUCAACCCAUGAAGAGGACGGCGUCUGACACCAGCCUGUCCAACCCCAGAGAGGGCAAGGAGAAGCCUACUGGCAAGACCAAGGGCAAACUGUGGCCUUUCAUUAAGAACAAGAACAAGCUUAUGUCCCUGUUAACAUCCCCCCACCAGCCCCCACCUGCCCCCCCAGCCUCAUCCCCGCCCUCACCCUCUGCUGUUCCCAACGACCCCCAGUCUCCCAAGCAGCACAAGGAGCCCCUCUCCCACCGCCUCAACGACUUCAUGACCUCCAAACCCAAAAUGCACUGCCUCCGGAGCCUGAGGCGAGGGCAGCAAUCCCCGCGCUCGCUCAUUUGUCACAAAGAGCUUAUGAAGAGGACUCUGGGCCGACCCACAUAUGCUUUCGAAGCCAGGCAAUAUGUUCUUUCUCUCAAGCUGAUCACACUCAAUUCCCACGUCCGGAAUCUCAUUGAGGGUUCUGGACCAGAGGACUUCAGCCACCUGCCACCGGAGCAGAGGAGGAAGAAGCUGCAGGGCAAGUUAGAUGAAUUAAAUAAAGACAUUCAAAAAGAGAUGGACCAGAGGGACGCUCUAACUAAGAUGAAAGACGUGUACGUGAAGAACCCUCAGAUGGGAGACCCUGCCAGCGUAGACCCCCGACUAUUAGAAAUAGGCCAGAACAUCGAGAAGCUCCAGUUUGAAGUGCAGAAAUUUGAGGGCUGGUUAGCAGAGGUGGAGGAGAGGAUGCCAUCCAAGAGCGAUACACACCGGAGAAGCGGGAUAUAUGAGACCCAGAACAACACAACAGUGAGCAACAACUGUGCACAAGACAGAGAGAGCCCGGACGGCAGCUACACAGAGGAGCAGAAUUCAGAGACUCAGGUCAAAGCCAACACCCACCCCAUCCCCACCUCCUCCACGCCGGAGUUUGACGAUGAGUUUGACGACGAGGAGACCUUGCCCACCAUCGGCACCUGCAAAGCCUUGUAUCCCUUUGAAGGUCAUAACGAGGGCACUAUCUCCGUGGCGGAGGGCGAGCUGUUGUACGUCAUAGAGGAAGACAAAGGAGACGGGUGGACGCGAGUGCGCAGGAACGAGGACGAGGAGGGAUACGUCCCAACAUCCUACGUCGAGGUCUUUUUGGAAACAAAUGCCAAAGAUUCCUAAAAGUGUGAGGCUGGCGGAGGAAUGGCAGGGCAAGCAGCCUCGGAGAAAACCACCAUGUUCCUCACACGCUCACAGAGUCAGAGAGAAAAAGCGAACGGUGACCUGAAUCUAAAAGAGAGAGACGGCCGAUAGUAACGCAUCUCAAUUUCCAAACCGUUAUAAAGAAAAAUACAAAAAAAAAAACUAUAAAAGAAAAAACGUAUCCGCAGUGUUGCGCUUCCUCUGCAGAACUCUGCAGUGUGAAGCAAGGAUGAGAGAAAUUCAUCUAAAUUUUAGCGCUCAUAACCUUCUCCAUUCUUAACACCCAUUCAGCAAUCACAACCACAGUAUACAAUUUGCUUUUUGUUGUUUUCAGCAAAGCUUUGCUUCUUAAUGGAACUAACUCCGCUUGCACCACGCGCGGUCAUGAAAGUGGCUUCUGGCUUCCUCGCUCUGAACGCCCGCCCCCCCCGGCUCUGCCAGUUCUCUUUUUCUUUACCUUUUACCCGUCGCACACACACCGACACACACAAACACACACACACACACACACACACACACACACACACGGCAGAGGGUGUGGUCAGAGACAGGACGGAGACCAGCACGAGCCUACGGACAAACGACCAGCUGGAGGAAGCCGUGUUCCAGAUUCAUCCAGCGGUGUGUGUGUGCGUGUGUGAGUCAUGAACUCCUCACUCACUCAUUGACUCCAGAGAGAAUCAUCCUGGACUCAUCGACCUACAUACGAGGCUGUGAACACACACACACCCACCCCCCCACCCUCCCACCCCACUAAAAUCAGCUCCAUAUUUGCAGGUUUCAUCCAGCAGGAAACAGAAGAAGUGAAGGUGCUAAUCAUUUGUUUCAGCGUCACGUGCUCCUGGUUUGUUUGACUGGCGUGAAAAUGCUCAUAUGUCCGCCUUAUUUUAAAGGUUUUGUGUGUCCUAAUGUCCCAUUUUACUCCCACACACCACCAUCACUCCCACAUACCCAGGACCACCUAGAGGGAAAAGAGAUGGAUGAUGGGCUCAUUCACCAUCACUCUCAUCCACCAAAUCCCGUCUUGUCACUGGUGUCUGUUCCUCUCUCUGACCACACCCCCCCCCUUCACUUCCACGGUCCUUCCCUGUGUCAGGCAGCUCAGGCUAUUCCCUUAAGCUGCUUUGAGCGUGCCCCCCCCCCCCCCCCCCCCACCUUUUUGUUUUUUGUUUUUUGUUUUUUUUUGCAACAGCUCGGGGGCGGGGCCUCUCAGCGUUGUGGUUUGCUGCAUGCUUGCCCUGUCUUCCUCCUCGCCCCUCUGCUGGCAGCCCGGAAGAGGUGGUGGGGGAGUUUGGUCAUCUUAUUGCCCCCCCCCCCCUCCCCUGUCUGCCUCCAGCCUCCAGCCUUUCUGUUCAGUUAACCCUCAUUGCCUGGUCGUACUCUUUGAAUUAACCUGAGUGCUACUGUUUGGGUUCGGUGCCUGUGGUUCUUCUUCUUCUUCUUCUUCUUCUUUUUUUUUUUCUUUUUGAUAUCUCUUUUCUAUUGUCGGAUCAGAGAGCAUGUUUCCCUGUUUCACCUCCUCCCAGUGUUCCCCAGCUUAAUCUCAAAACUGUCAGAAAAGGACAACAGGGACCCGAAAUGUUGUUUUCUGAAUGAUCUUAUGCAUAGGUAGGUCAUGGAUGUCAUGUGCAUUUGUUUUACUGUAAGUUCACAGUACAGUAUGUAUGUAAAAAUGUUAGUAUUGUAUGUUUUGAUCAGAGUGUCUAACGCAAGUUGUUGUUAGUUUACAGUUAAUCACCUUGUGGGAAAUGUUUCCACUUGGCUCCAGCAGCAUUCGACCCAAAAAUAAAACCCAUGAAGAUAUGAUUUACACCUGAUGUUUUAACGAUAGUCCACACUGCCUGCGGUAUAUGAAAAUAUACCGCGAUUCAUCAUGUUCCUGUUCAUUUGUGACUGCAGUGUGACAGAAUCACCUGUUUUUGGGCCUUAACCGGGUUUGUGUUCAGAAUGACGCUGAUGAUGAAGCUGUGGUGUGGUGAAAGGAUCAAGAUGUGAUUUAGUUUGGGGGGCUUGGGAGUUUUUAUGAUCAUGAAACUGUCAGACGAGAGGAAUUAUGUCCACUGACCCCCCUCCCCCGCCUGCUCAAUGGCACAUAAUGUAUAUGAUUUUUAACAUUUUUGUUUUAUAUUUGAUGAUCUUAAAUUGAGAUUCUGCUUCUUUUUUUUUUGUUUUUAUUUUAAGCUGGAAAUUUGUUGUAGCUUAUUCUGCCUGAACGGGACUAAAAUCCCUUAACUGCAAAUCUAAGUAACAAUUACACUGUUUGUGUUUUUGGAUGAAGCCAUUGCUGAAUAUUCAUGUGAUGCAGAAUAUUAUGUACACUUCUUAAACGGAUGAGUGAUGGACUUAAUGACCCUUUGGACUCUUAAUGGAAGGAAUAAUCAAUUCCCUGCUGAAUCGAGCUUAAAAGUACCACGUUUGCUUUUUGCCACCGAUCUCAACAUGUCAAGAUAUCAAACACGCCCCUUCUGUUUGUUUUUUUUUGUUUUUUGUUGUUUCUGAGUGAUAAAUGACGAGAUAAAUCUGACGAGGCAAAGACCACCGCUUCACUGGCGGCGGCAGCGCCUGCCCGCCUGUGCUCUGCAACGAGACCACCACAAACCUUUGAGUGGAAGCCCCAGAAUAACCUGCCUGUACAGUGGAAAUGGCGCGAUGGAAUUAGAGAGAAUAUAUAUGAAUAUAUAAAUAAAGUUUAAAAAAAGGAAAACAUCUAUUUUAACUAUUGAGAGUCUUACCAUUACUUUAUCUGCUUUGCAAAGUAAGACUUCUUUUCCUUUGUAAGGUCUACCAAAUGGUGUGUUUUGCACUUUUUUGUUUGUGUUCCAUUUGGUAGCCCAUGCUUGUGUUUUGGAGCACUGAAUACUUUGUAUUGUGUUUACUGUGCCAAUUAAAUAUGCCUGGAAAGUAAAUAA